CAGUACGGUAUCUUUGCAUGUAUUUAUUACUGAUUAUCUAGAAGGAAAGCUUUUUCUCCCAAGAGGUGGCUGUGUCAGAAUGGUCUCUGGGAAAUUAAUCAAACUCCUGGUUUAUGAGAUCCUAGAGCUGGCCGCUUUUUCUGUCCCAACUCUUGUGAUGGCAGAACAGUUCGCCUCAGCCUUCCAAAGGACAGAGGACUCUGCAGAAAGGACAUUUUACUGGCUGAUUGUGUCUGUCUCCAUUGUUUAUGUAGCGCUGGUGACAUUGAUAGUUUGGGUUCCUGUAAAAGUUCUGUUGUACAAAAAGCAUCGACUCUGCUCCAAAAUAAAACAAUGGAGACCUCCUUUGAUGAUGUGUGUAGCACUCACAACACUUCCAUGCUUUGCAUUUUCUAUAGCAGUCACAGAGGUAUGUCCAAAAAAUGCCUCCAACACAUCUGUGCUACCUGACACCUUACCUGACUUACCAGUAUCAGUGGUUCUGGCGUCCUUAAUUAUUGUGGAUAUCAUUGAAAAACUGCGGAAAUAUCCUCUCAGAGGAAAGCCAAUAAAAAAUGAAGAUUCACAUAUCCAUAUGACUAAUUUGCAGCAAGUGAAAACCGUAACUGAGCAGGUGAAGCCACGUGAGGAAAACCAUGCAGUCCCCCAGCCAGCAAACAGGUCUUCCUUCGGCUCAGGAAUCUUGAGAGCCAUGUCCCAGCAAGACAAGCGUGCAGAGAUUUUUCUGAGUAGUUUCAUCACGUGGUCUGACACCAUUGAGAUGCUGCGAGUAUCUGGGCACUCUGCGGUGUUUAAGUCGGGGUGGAUAUAUCCUGUUUACAUAUUUAGCUAUAUCUCUCUGCUUCGAAUCAUAGUCGCACCACAAAAUAGUCUUGUGAGAUCCUUAGGUGUCUUUUUACAGGAUUUCCCUUUUAUGUUAGUUCGAAUUAGUUUGAUUGCUGAUUUGGGGACAAUCACUCCCAUCAUUGGUCUUUUAAAAAACAUUCUAGUGACCCUUUCUUAUUUUUACUUCAACUAUUUAACUACAUUCAGGGUUUUCGCCGCCAGUGAAAGAACUUCCUUUUAGACUGAAAAUGUUCCUUGCUUUUAAUAGUAGUGAAGCAGGACCUCCUUCUGGCAGUUCCCAUUCCUGUGCUCUUCUAGAUCUGGAGUCUGGGUAAAGAACCACGAAAUAAGAAUUUGCUAAGCAAAAGUAAUCGUAAACAAGGAUUUAGAUGAAAUAUUUAACCUUCUUGGAGAAACAUUUUUUAAACAUGUGAAACAUUCAAUUAUUUGCAACCUAAUGGAUGCUGUUUCUAAAUGGAGCUUUAUUCUUUGAAACAGUUACCCGUAGGACCCCUGGAAAAGUCUUAUUAGCAGUUUAAGGUUAGAAAAUUAGAGUUUUAUUAUUUUCAAACAUAUAGUCAUUUUAUUACAGAUGUUCCAUGAAACUUUGCAUUAAUACAGACUUAUCUUCCCAACAGCAAGUCCUACAAUGGAGUUUUAUUAUAUGUUGUUAUUGUUGUUGUAUUAUACGUAACAAAAUCAGGGAUAAUCAAUUGGAAAUUACCUUCUGUGAAAAGCAGUGGAAAUAGUAAGAUAAUGUGCGGAUUACAUUUUCAUAACCUUGGAAAUCUCCAUGUUUUAUUCCUAUAUCAUUUAAGUCAGGUAACAUAUGUGGUCAUGUCCAAUGGCAAUUGACCUUUCUUUUAAUAAGCUAACAUCAAUGUGAAAAGCAAAUUUAAUAGCACAAGUGAGUAUAUUCAAAGCUUAGCUAUUUAAGUAAUAAAUGUCUUGAUUACUGCUUAAAUAUCA